UGCAUAGUUUUGGAACAGUUCAGCAGGCAGCCAAGAACGACGUCAGCUCACUACGGUAUAUAAGUCCGGAGGUGCCCGGACCCCAGUAGACUGCAAUUGCUACGGGAGCUUGAAGUCCUAACUAAGAAGCCUCUUUAUACCACAUACUUCAAAACAAAUCACAAUCUACGGCACUAACAUCGACGACUGCUUGGAACACUUUUUCCUAGGAAGAAAGAUUGACUUUCGGACGUUGUUAUCUGAUUUAAGAUUUAAGAUUCAAGAUGCUGAUGCUUACCGUCAUCGUUAUCUUCGUGGGGACUUUUGACUUGGUCCUCUCUACUUCUUGCCCCUCCGUGUGUGAGCGCCAGCAGGACAUCCCCAAGUGCGCGCCUGGAGUUAGUCUAGCGCUUGAUGGCUGCGGCUGCUUUAAAGUGUGUGCAAGGCAGCUGAAUGAAGACUGUAGCCUGACCCAACCUUGUGAUCCCACCAAAGGACUGGAGUGCAACUUUGGGGCCAGUUUUGCUGCUAUUAGCCGUGGAAUCUGCCGAGCUAAGUCGGAUGGCAGGCCAUGUGAGUACAACAGCAGGAUCUACCAGAACGGCGAGAGCUUCCAGCCCAACUGUAAACACCAGUGCACGUGCAUCGACGGGGCUGUGGGCUGCGUCCCGCUGUGCCAUCAGGAGCUCUCCCUUCCCAACCUUGGCUGUGCCAAUCCCAGACUGGUGAAGGUGAAAGGCCAGUGCUGUGAGGAGUGGGUGUGUGAAGACGGCAAGGAGACAGACAUCCUUGAGAAGCUCUUUGCCAAAGACACGCCGACGGAUGAGUCAGAGAGAGAACUCAUCAACAGGAACGAGCUCAUUGAAAUUGUCAAGGGCGGCCUUAAAUCCCUACCAGCAUUUAGAUUGCAGCCUGAGGGCGAAAUGUUUGACAACCAGAAGUGCAUCGUCCAAACCACUGCCUGGUCCCAGUGCUCCAAGACUUGUGGGACUGGCAUCUCCACCAGAGUCACCAACAACAACAGUGACUGCAGGCUGGCCAAAGAGUCAAGGAUCUGUGAUGUGCGACCAUGCACCCAGUCCACUAACUCCAGUCUUAAGAAAGGAAAGAAGUGCAGUAGAACCAAGAAGUCCAGCCAGCCGGUCAAGUUCACCUAUGCCGGCUGCUCCAGUCUAAAGAAGUACAGGCCCAAGUACUGCGGUGGUUGCGUGGACGGCCGCUGCUGCAGCCCACACAACACCCGGACCAUCCGUGUCAAAUUCCGCUGUGAUGACGGCGAGACCUUCAACAAGAACAUCAUGAUGAUCGAGUCAUGCAAGUGCACCUACAACUGCCCCCACGCCAGCGAAGCCUCCUACCCCUUCUACCGCCUCUCCAACGACAUCCACAAGUUCAGAGACUAAAUCCCAUAGGCUAAGGAAGUCCAAAUGCGCUGUAGGCCGUUGGGUGAAUGGGCAGCCAUUUGCAUUCUAUUCAAAUAUUGGGGUGGUUAAAAAAACCGAACAAUUACAAACUUCUUGUUGUAACAAGAUUCCCAAGGAAUUGUGUGCUUACAUCAUGAGGACUUAAUGAAGUGCACUGUUUGCUGUGACUACAUCAGCAUACUUAACUUAUAAACCGCUUCAUAUUACUGGAGCAUCCUUUAGUAGCUUCGUUAAGAAGCAACGUGUAAUUUAAAUUUGCAAAUCGAUGUAAGUUGUUGAUAUCAAUGUGCUAUGUAUAUUUUGACCUUUAACUUCAGAGGGUAGACCUGUGUGUGCAUAUAGGACCUAUGCACUUAAGAAACUGAAAAGUAUACUAUAAUGUAACUCAAGAACAAGAUACCAGAAGAAACCAACCAUAUGCCAACCACAAGUGUGUGGUGGCAUUCCUUCCUGACGUGGGCAGUAGUGUUCUUGUUUUGUGGCAGCUAUUGAACUCUCUUUAUUAGAAAAAGAGAAGCAAAACAUGUCAAAACAAUGAAUGUUUUAUUUUGUUAAUGUCAUCAAUAUUAUUUAUCAAAAAUGUAGCUAAUGAAUAACAUGUGUUGUACUGGAAUAAAUAGUGAAAUUAUUAUAUUUGAUAUGUUAUGAAAUAAAACUGACUUAUUUAUGAAAUA